GCGGCGCUGUCAGUGCUUAGAGGCAGCGGAAUGCAGCGGCCCGAGGCCUGGCCACGUCCGCACCCGGGGGAGGGGACCGCGGCAGCCCAGAUAGGGGGCCCGGCGCCGCCCACCCGAGCCGGGGAGCCCUCGGGGCUGCGGAUUCAGGAACCUUCUCUCUACACCAUCAAGGCUGUCUUCAUCCUAGAUAAUGAUGGGCAACGGCUGCUGGCCAAGUAUUAUGAUGACACAUUCCCCUCCAUGAAGGAGCAGAUGAUCUUUGAGAAAAAUGUCUUCAACAAGACCAGCCGCACAGAGAGUGAGAUCGCAUUUUUCGGAGGCAUGACCAUCAUCUACAAGAGCAGCAUUGACCUCUUCCUGUACGUGGUGGGCUCUUCCUCUGAGAAUGAGCUGAUGCUCAUGUCUGUUCUCACCUGCCUGUUUGACUCUCUGAGCCACAUCUUAAGGAAGAACGUGGAGAAGCGCUGGUUGCUGGAGAACAUGGACGGAGCUUUCUUGGUGUUGGACGAGAUUGUAGAUGGCGGUGUGAUUCUGGAGUGUGACCCCCAGCAAGUGAUCCAGAAAGUGAAUUUUAGGACAGAUGACAGCGGCCUAACAGAGCAGAGUGUUACCCAGGUUCUUCAAUCAGCCAAGGAACAAAUUAAGUGGUCUUUACUGAAAUAAAGAGCAUGGGAUCAAGGCUUCCUGUCCCCAGAGGACCAUCUCUCCAAUCCUGACAAAAGCCCAAAGACCUCAAGGGACAGGAGACCCUUCUGCCUUCCCAGGCCCCCUCCCCAACCCCGGGAGAAUCGAUCCUUGAGAUCUUCUGCCAGGGAUUCUAAGAAGCAAAAGCUUGCAUCCCUGUUCAGUACUCUGGCCUGCCUUUUGAGGCAGUAGGAACUAGGAAAGCUGCCUUCCCUUAGAUCAGACCUCUGGCAUCCCAGCCCUGAGCCUUAAUAAACCUGCUUCGCUUCCUGCCAAAGA